AUGGCGAAAACCAAAGUUACAGGAGCUACUAGCAGGCUGAAGCAAGAUUACCUUAGGCUGAAAAAUGACCCCGUUCCAUAUGUGACAGCAGAACCAGUGCCAUCAAAUAUAUUAGAAUGGCAUUAUGUCGUCAAAGGUCCAGAAAAAAGUCCUUACGAGGGUGGCUACUACCAUGGAAAAAUCAUAUUUCCGAGGGAGUUCCCUUUCAAACCUCCAUCUAUUUACAUGAUUACACCAAAUGGUCGGUUCAAGACGAAUACACGACUGUGCCUUAGUAUUACGGACUUCCAUCCUGAUACGUGGAACCCUGCGUGGUCAAUAUCUACAAUACUCACUGGUUUGCUAAGCUUCAUGUUAGAGAAAACUCCGACAUUGGGAUCUGUCGAAACAUCAGAUUUCCAGAAACGUUGCUUGGCGGCAGAGUCAUUGGAGACAAAUAUUAAAAACAAAAUGUUCUGUGAGCUGUUUCCGGAUUAUGUUCAGGAGAUUGAACAGCAGCUUAAACUGCGGCAGGAGGCCAUGCUGCAUGCAGAUACCACUGCUCCUAGCCCAGGUGAAGUGGUGACGGAGCAACAAUCAAAUAUGUAUUAUAUCUUGACCAAUCUUUUUGUGUUGGUAGGCUUUGUAUUUCUUGCAUACAUGGUAAAAUAUGUUUUAGUCUCCAUAUCCAAUGAUUAG